AUGCCGGGUCGCAGCCUGCGUGGUGCAGAGGACACCAGGCAGCUGCAAAGCGUACCAGACUCCACUCCACGUGUUGGGGCACCUCAAUGUGAGCCAGGCUAUGUGGACGUCACCAUGGGGAACGCAUUCUACCCUUGGGCUUGUGCCUCAUCCUGUGCGGGUGGUCAGUGGUUUGCCACUGCAGACUGCAAUUGCGCCUGCGCGAGACCGGGGCAGCCAAUUUACUCUCCGCCGGCCAGCGGGAGCAUUGGCUCCGUGACCUCCAAUCCAGCCCCUGUCACCACCCGCCCCCAGACAACCAUGGCCUAUGUUCCCGUGCAGCCAAGUCCGCCUCCGAGUUAUGUGGCACCAGAGCCGAGAACCACCCUAGCCCCGACGACUACACCAAGCACGGCAGCCUCGAAAGCAGGGACUUUGGAUGGGGGAGAUUUCCCCGUUGCCGCGGCAGCCGUGGUGGCUGGCGGUCUGCUGUUGUGUGGGGCUAUUGCCUGCAUGUGGCUGGCUACGGUACCUCAGAAGUCGAUGGCGGACUUACGGGUUGCCGAGGUUCCUGCGGUGACAGUCCAUGCACCGGCUGAGAAGUGCCCCCAGCCAAAUAACGCAGAGCAACCUCCGCGCUCACGCACAAGCAGCAAGAUGUCAACGGUUUCAGUGUCAUCAGACCGUGCUUUGAUCCCCGGAUCUCGGGUCAGCAGCCAGGUGAGCUGCAAUACGCAAAGCUCGGUCCCGCUGCGGAUGGCGGCGAAGGGUUGGGAGACUUCAAGCACUACCUCCAGCACAUUGCCACCCACGAUCGUGAACUCGACACUCUGGGCGCACCAUGUGGACGGAAACAUAGAAAGCAUGUCUGGGAGUGAAAGCCGCCAGCUGACGCCUGAGCGCUCGCGAGGCUCAUCCAAGCUGUCACGCGUGGAGCCAGACACUGGGUCCCGUCGCUCCAGCAAGUCUUCCAGCAAGUCCUCAGGACGCUAUGCCCCGAGCCAGGGGUAG